AUGAGUGCACCGGAGAGGAAGGAGCAACGAAUGAGCCAGCAAGAGGAUGUUAUUGAAGAGGGAGUAAGGAAACAAACGCGAAGAAUAUCCUCCUAUUGGUGUUGGUUCCGGGAAAUCGGUUGCAAAAAAUUUCGUCACAUGCAUGGACACGACUACGAUGAAAAUUGUGUGGAAGAUCGUAAAUUAGUUACCGAACUUUGGGAUCUUGAUAAGGAGUCGUGGUCUGUGGUGGAACAACAUGGGACACCUAGUGCUCCUUCCCACAAAGGUCGUUCGGAUCAAAAAUUUCCAAAAGCUCUUCUAGGACUAAUAUUAUCUACAGCAUCGCAGAAAUAUCAAGUUACCAGACCAAUAUAUCUAGGUCAUUUUCCUUGUUUCGAAUUGCAGUUCGUGCUAAUAAACCCGUUCAUUGUUGCACCAUCAGUGAAGGACGGGAUUCUGGUUUAUCCAGCAGAAAUCUCAAUCACACAUUUCACUUUUGAAAGAGGUACGAUUUCCUGCUGGUCAUCACUAAUCAAUUUUGAUCCUAACAUUCUUGACGCUACUCGUCAUCGUUUUCAUCAAAGUACUGUUGAGGAGAACGUCAGUCAUGAGGACAGUGGUAAAGGUGGUGUUCGUGCUUCUCGCCCAACAGAGCUGGUCAGUACGCAUCGCGGGGUCGAAGCCAUGUUCCUCGGCGUCCCUGUAAAGAGCGCUCAAGGAAGAUAUCCUUGUGAGGUGUGGAGAACGUUCGUGACAAAAUGCCAUAAUCAUGGAACAGUUGUUUGCGAUGCUGAUCAAAUGGAGAUUCUGGACGGUGCACUUUAUUUCCUGGCUAGCACAGUUGGGCCACACCAGCUUCAAAUACACGCCGAAAUUAUGGAUAAAAUGAUCACAAUACAAGACUUUAUAUCUGCUCUUGGCUGUGUGUACUAUGAUGUAAUAGAAAAGCGUCUACCUCGCUAUCUCACGGAUGAGAGUAUCGAUCGACAGUUUACUAAUGCAAAACAGGUAAACGAGAUAUCGCUAUGA